UAUUUCUUCGAGGCUUUGUCGGACUAUCAGGUCAAACUAAAAUUUGAAUAUAUUGUUUAAAAACGCUUCAUUUGCCGUAUAUUACGAGUUUGACUCGGCUAGACACGCACGACAUCAGUUUACUUCCAUACUCAGUGCGAGCACUAUGGAGCCAUGGUAUUAAAAGUGGCCCUUUCUGUUAUGUUUCCACUUGCUAUGAUUGAGGCUAGGACGACUCCAGCUGGAAGUGAGGAUUUUACCGCGUUGCUGGAGGAAUUCAAACAGUUGGAGCCGAUUCGAGAGGCAGCACUCGAGGACGAUCUCAGGAAGCAGAGGAAUGAUUCUGAAUCAGUGAAACUCCUGGAAUCCUUCAAAGAAGUCCAUUCUUACCUGACUACCUACAGAACUCUUUAUGAGUCCGCUUAUGUCGUUUUGAAGGCCAUGGAAACCAAGCGGAGAAGCAAGGAGACCGAUCAGUUAUAUUCAUCCAAAUAAGUGAAAAUAUUGACCGUCUUUGCGUCAAGCUGCCUUGUCUGAGGAAUUCGCGUCCUGUACCGUAGCCCCCUUUUUUCAGCAUCAUUUCGUCCGUUAGAGUGCAGCACUUAUGAACUUUGUUUACUUUUUUU